CCAUAAUUCGGAUAGAAGAGUAUCAUUCAAUGAAAACAAGCCAUCUCGUCCUGGCCUUUACUCCCUACUCUGUUAUGACACUCUCUGUUUUCCCUAUUCUGUCCCAGAGGAUGGAUUUAUUCUUAACGUACUCAAUUUCCCUUCUGCUACAUGACUUUGGCAAUUUCUCUUUGUUUACCUCUUCCACUACUACUGUUAACUAUGCGGCAUAAAUGUCAAGAUAUACAUCUCCGGCAAUUCUGUUAUAGGUCUACACUGGGAUACGUAUUUGAAUGUGAUAGCUUGUAUUCUUCGGAUAUGGACCAUUUUAAUUUAGUAUGAUAAAUUUACAACUUAGAAAUGAACAGAAAUAAAUGUAAAACUCCCACCGUUGGUCGAAC